AUGGAUGAUGUUUCUGGACUACACUUUCUGUCCGCAUCAGCUGUGGUCCAUUUUGUUCAGGCUGGACAAAAUGCUUCCCUGUCGUGCAACCUCACAAACAGUAAAGAAAUAAUCUGGUUCCAACUGCUCUCAGAGGAACUUGUUACCCUUAUAACUGUUACCAGGCRAUCACGUUUUCUAAAUACUGCAGCAGUUAAUGAGGAAUACACGGGUCACUUUGACACAAAGGAAAACAACAGUUUGGAGAUCAUUGUGGUGACAGAAGCAGAUUUGGGAUUGUACUACUGUGCUGGUCGCUYCGAUGGGACAGUGCGAUUUGGAAAAGGCAUCCGUCUGACUUUUGCAGACGCAGAGGUGGCAGAGAGGGAAUUGGUGUCGUGUUGGACUCUCCUGGCCUGUGUUGCCCCAGUCUCAGUUUUGUUUGGCARCCUCUGUCUCUUUGGACUCUGUUUCCAGUCAGGUAAAUCAAAAUGUUUGUGCAACACCUGUGUGAACAGGAAAUCAAGUCUCAAGGAAGUGGAUCUGCACUAUGCCAGUCUGAAGCACAUUGGUAAUGCCCGCCCACUGCUCAGGGAGUGCCAGGAUUGGCCGAGGGGGAUGUCACCUAUGCAACAGUGGCCCAAUGUGUUCAUACAGGCACAUGAUCAUCACAUGUACUUCUGACAUGGUUCUUUGAAUAUCCAUUCUUGAUGGAAAUAAGAUUGUAUUUUGAUUCGUGCAUGUAUGUGUGUUUCUGUAAAUAUGAAAAGGCUAAUGUAAUAAUUAUUGUUAAUGUUCUCCAAAGAAUCUCAAUAAAAAACAUUUAAGGCAA